UUCUUACCGAGCUCGUUCUUAAUAUUACAAAAAAAGUGUUCCUUAGCAAUUGUCUAUUUAAAUUAACAAUAAAAUACUGGCUUUUAUUUUUGUAACACGCACAUUAGCUCACAGUUUGAAGAGGGAAAUAGUGCUAUAUGUCCAUCAAUCGUGUGCGUACGUUGCGUUCGAUUUUGAAAGUUUUGAACAGUUUGCAAAGUAUGACGCCACUAAAAGUUAGACAAACUUUGUUUAUAGCGUUAUUUUUGAAAUAAGACGCUCGUUAUCAGCUGUUGUAGCAGGGCUGUGGCGUAUAUGUUUAAAAAGCGGGUGUUCAACGCUUCUGUUUACAUCAACGCUGUCUGAUUGCUUACUGCACUACCAUACUUCAGCCUACGAGUGAUAGUAGCGAUCUUACAACUUUUGUUAACAAGUGACGUCAUUAAUUCUUGAAACUGACCGACAACCAGAGGCACGUUGUGACUGAUCUCGCCGCACUCGAUCAACUUGACCACGUUCAAGUUGCGUCUGGCGCUCAUCAGGCAGUUUAUUAAAAGUAGUGUUUUGUAGUAACAUGUACACUGACGACGGUGGCGAUCUCUUGAAGAAGGACUUCAAGUAUUACAAGAGGAAAGCCGUGCGGCCAGAUUUGUCGAAAGUGAUCGAUUUUGAGAGACCGGAGGAAUUUCCCGUCGAAGUGCACGCGCGGUUGCAGACGACGCCGGACUGCAGCGAGGUCGGUCUCGUCAGCGAGUCCGAACUGGUGUGCUACUCCGUGCCUGCUAAUCGGGGUCUCGUAGUAAUACCCAAUCCUUUCACGCCCCGUGGACAACGCCAGUGGGUGAGCCGAACGCUGCGUUCGUAUCCUAAACCACCAAACUGCACUAAUCUGAAGGCGCUGAAGCCGCCGGACGUGUUUCCCGCAUCGCUGAAACGCGACGAGUUUUACAAGAACCUCCGGUGGGUAACGCUGGGCCUGCACCACGACUGGGACUCCAAGGUGUACGACCUCGAAAACGCCACCGCCUUUCCCAGCUGUCUCGAGGCGUUGACCAAGAAACUCGCUACCUUGCUCGGGCACACGGGAUUCGAACCCGAGGCCGCGAUCGUCAACUACUACGCCAUGAACUCGACGCUAAGCGGUCACGUCGACCGUUCCGAGCUCGACCUGGGUUCGCCUCUGUUCUCCGUGAGCUUCGGACAGACCGCCGUGUUCCUCAUCGGAGGGGCGACCAAGGACGUGAAGCCGACGGCCAUGUUUCUGAAGAGUGGCGACGUCGUCGUGAUGACGGGAGAAUCCAGAGUGGCUUACCACGCCGUGCCGCUGGUGCUACCGCGAGAGGACGACGCGCCGUGGAGAUGCGUUGCGGAGACGUGGGGUGGUGAUAAAGCAGGUGGUGAAUGGAGCGCCGAAGCGGAGUACUUGUCUGACCAUAGAAUCAAUCUAAACGUGAGGCAGGUGUUCGCAAAAAGCUGAUGGUCCCCGUUUGGCUGUGGCCAAAUUUAGGUGUGCAAUAUUGCGCCAUCUUUUCUGGCUUAGGGCCGUUGCCUCGUCAGAUGCAAUGUCAUGUGGUACAUGGCAUCAUCUGCUGCUGCAAAGAGCUCAAGUUGUAAUUAAGUCAGUGUUGCAGGUACCCAGAGUAUUGCGUAUGGAACUUUUCCUGUGUUAAGAAUAGCAUGAACAAACACCUAAACUGGCUCAUGCAAGACACAUCAGUGCAACUUUGGUUGCGCGUGAAACUUUCAUACACUGUGUGCAUAUGAAAGUUGUUCCGAUGUGGAAAAAAAAAGUGUGCUGUCGCACCAAAAUAUGGAACUGCGUGUUCCAGUUCAUGUUCACAUGUGCAUGAUGCAAGCUUUUCAAAUGUGACAGGUGUCAUGUACAAAAUCUGUUUGAAGUGAACAGAACUGCAGUGGUGUUCCAGAAUAUGGAAGAGAUGAAUGGCCAGGGUUACUCCAGAACCAUCUGUCAGGAGUGAAUACCAUACUGAGCAGUCGCAGUGCCUUUGAGUGCCACCUUUGACUUUCUAGUCCUCAAUUUUUACGGAUGUGUCAGUUUCCCCGCAAUGUUAAAGUCCAACUGCAACAAAAUUUUACUUCAGCUAAAUUGGCUCUAAAUUAGUAGAAUGAACUAUUGAAGCAAUCUUGGCGGAACUGAUUAAGGUCUGGUAAUUGUCUAAUUUUCUUAUUAGCAGCCUUCAAAUGGCAUCUAAGCAGACGACGUGUGCACCUGGUGGUUAAUGGAUAUAAAAUAAGUCCCAGCACACCUCUUCCAGCUCCUGCAGGUGCUAGCCUAAUAUCGGAGGUAUUGUUGAGGAGCUAUACUGGUUCUCAACACUCUAGGUCAUGCGCCAUUUCUGUAAAGCGGUGAUGGCAGCAUUUUGUUCAGUUCCUGUAUCAAAAACAUCUAUUAAUGCGAACUUUUCGUGACACAUCCACUCAUAUUCCAGAUGUGCAAUUUUUCUCGGAAGCUGUUUUAAAUUUAUGCUAUCCUGAACUAGGUUUUUCACACAGUCUAAAAUUUGGACGCUGUUAGACAUUGCCUGAUGUUAAUUUGCACAUCUAUGAGAAAGUGGGCACCUAUGAAUUAAUCUUCAAGCCAACAGUUAUUGAAGUCCAUUUAGUGAAGUUGGAAAGGGGUCCCUUCAGGCAAGACACGUAAUUUGCAGAGUUAUUGUGGCUGAGUAUUGUUGAGGUCAACCUACAGAUUUGUCAGGCAGAGACAAAUUUGCCUGCUGGCUACGUUGUGACAAAUUUGUAUGAAUAUUUCAACCAUCCUUUUAGAAGAUUAGAACUUAGAUUGUUUAAUGUAAGGUUUACUUCUUGACAAAUGUGCCCGAGUGAUCACCUCAGACUACAACCAUUUUGGCUGUCAUAUUUAUGUGGCAUGUGUGUCAGCUGAGUCUAAUGCAUGGUGUCUCUCCUCUUUCGAAGAUAUUUCAAGUAUGGCAGAAAGGGCAAUAAAGGCAUGUUAAUAACACCUGAAAGGGGUUGAGACAUCAAAUUUGUGGCUAGCACAUUAUUUGUUUCAAACGUUUCUUAUUGCUCCAGGAAGCAUGAUACACGUUUGAAGAUUCAUAUAUUCUCGGUAAAUAAUUUAAUAUCGCAUUAUUUAUGUGAACUAUUUUCAGUUCCGGUUUCUGGGUGCCGAGUUGGACAGUGAUGUCACUGUCUAGGAAGCUUGGUCACGUGGGCCCACAAAGCUGUGACGUACGCACUACUGCAUCGUCUGCUAUCGCACACACGUUCUGUACCAGCACAGGCAAACAAAACCAUGCCGACAGUUGUCAUGGCUAGCAGUGGCAGCUCCGAUUCCGACUCUACGUCUGCGUCCAAUACGGUUCACUGCAAUAUAGACUCGAGGCUCUCUAGGCUUGCCCGGUGCUGUGGGUCACCGCUCAUUGUACGUCACUCUAAUGUGGUAUGACGUCACUAAACUUACGUUACCCUUCCAACACAGUGACGGUGAUGUCAAUUGCGCUAGCGAUGGGACUCGAUCGCGAGAACGAGCCUUUAGGCACUCUUUGGAAGCGAAUUAAAGAAUAUUUUAAAACGUUUGCUGUGUCCAACACUUCAUGUUGAGUGUCCUUGCAUACAGAGGAAGCCUACAGCAGUUUCUUUAUAGCCUCAAAAUUUGGUGUCAACCCCUUUAAAGCAUUGAGUGUAGAGU